AAAAAAUUUUCCCCCUCCCAGACCAAUCCUGCUGAGGUACUUUCUCUCCAUCUACUUCUUGGAUAUCUCUCCAAUUUAUGGAUCUAAUGGCUAAGGUCUUUUCUUUCCUUCUAUUUUGUUUUCCUAGGCUGGCGCAUCUGCCUCCUUGCCUAGUCAUGGACCUCCUCUGAGAUCUAUGACUUCUUCUACUGCUCUGGAUGCGACCCCUUCUUCUCAAUUUGAUCCGUCCACCGGAGUUAUGCUACACUUCGUGGAUGAGGAUGAUCCCUUGCCGUCCCCAGUAUAUGAGCCACCUCCCUCACUAGUGGUCUCGAAUAAGGAACCCAUAGUUCCUGAGAUCCCUGUUACUUCAGAUGCAGCAAUUCCACAGGCGUUUGCUUGCCCGAUAGUUGAUGAACCUUCUUCUCCUCCCCAAGAUCAGACUCAGGAUGCAGGCACAGGUUCAGGCGCAGCUCUUUCCUCUCCUGCUAGCAGUGAAGAAUCUUCACCCCAACAAGGAGUUGGUACAUUCUCUGGUGAAACUCCGGGGCUGACCCAUCAAGCUUCAAAAGAAACUUCCCCUCCUCCAUUGGCUCGUAAAUCAAAGCGCACCCAUCCUCAUUCAUCUUCUGGAGGUAUUGAUACUUCCCCUCUGGAGUUGAACAGACUAAACAGGCAGAGAUUGCCCCCUCAAUAGGCAUUGUCUCAUCGGAGGGAAUUGUCACGCCGGACCCUCCUCCUUUCCCAUCCUCUGAUCUUGCCAAGUUGCCCAAACUCUUUGAAGCGCUCGGGCGACUUGAGACGCGGUUGAAAUCUUCAACGCAGCCUUCAGCAACCUCCAUGUCCUCAGAGCAACAUCGAAUCUUUCAGGAAUGGGCAAAGAAAGAAUUCACCGCGUCAUUUAGUCUCAAGGCUCUUUGUGAUCUUGAGAAGGUCAUAACUGAAUUUUUCAAAACCGGUCGUUUGUCCAAGCCUCAGCAUGAUUCUUUCCUCUCUUUCUUUGAAAACUUGAGGGCUCUCAGGGAACAAUACCAGAGAGCGGACAGACAGGCUAACUAGGCAAAAUGCUUUAUGGAGAAAGAAUCAAACUCCUCUACCCAAGUUAACCAGCUGAUGGAAGAAAGCAUGCAGACCAAAGAAAGGGUUAAAGUGGUUUCUUCUGAAAUCCAGAAGCUAGAAGAGCAACUGAUUGCCCUUAAGGCAGAACAAGCAACUCUUCUAGACACCCUUGAACACCAAAUCGAAGGGGUAGAGAAAGCAACUUCGGAGUUAGAGCAAGCCAAGUCCCAACUUGUAAACAACCAUACUGUCUUGGCCGAACCUAGUAGGAUUUUUACCAUCAUGCGAACAUAUCAUUCUAGAAUAAUCACUCUAUGUGAAGAUGUAAAGUUUUUAGAAUAGAAUGAUUUGUAACUCCUUUUGUAUUGGAAUGAACAUGUAAUUUACUUCUUGCUCUACCAUAUCUGAAUUGACUUUGGGCAACUAUUUGCCCCCUC